CAUUCUCAAUCUCAAUUUAUUACCCCUUGCUGACUGCUGAACUAAACAAAAGCUGCUGCCAAGUCUCAAACAUGGGACUAAUUGCCAAACCCAGAAAGCUUCACUUACAGUUGCAGCUUCUUAAGAUUAAAAAGGAGCCAACUUUGAAUUUAAAUUGUUACAACAUUUGAAGUAUGGGAUGGCAAGAAAUGUGCUUGUUAAGCAAGAUUUUGAAACCCUAUCUUUCUCAAAUUCAUCACCUUUUGCCAAGUUAUUGGAUUGGUGCAUUCGAUCAAACUCUGUACGCCAUGGCCGUUGUGUUCAUGCUCGAAUUCUUAAAUCCCAGUUUGUAUCUGAGAUUUUUAUUCAGAAUAGGCUGGUUGAUAUGUAUGGUAAAUGUGGGUUUGUUGAGGGUGCACGUAAACUGUUCGAUAAAAUGCCUCACAGAAACAUUUUUACUUAUAAUUCAGUUUUAAGUGCUUUAACGAGGUGGGGUUUUCUUGAUGAAGCUGUUGAUGUGUUUUUGGAUAUCCCUGAGCGUGAUCAGUGUUCCUGGAAUUCGAUGGUAUCCGGGUUUGCUCAGCAUGAUCGGUUUGAAGAGGCGGUGGAGUAUUUUGUGGGGAUGCACAGAGAGGGUUUUGUGCUGAAUCAGUACUCAUUUGGUAGUGUGCUUAGUGCUUGUGCUGGGUUAGUGGAUUUGGAUAUGGGGAUUCAAGUUCAUGCCUUGAUGUUGAAGUCUCCGUUUUUGAAGGAUGUGUAUAUGGGGUCUGCACUUGUUGAUAUGUAUGCUAAGUGUGGUGAAGUGGAAUGUGCCCGAAAGGUUUUCGAUGGGAUGGUUGAUAGGAACCGGGUGACAUGGAAUAGUUUGAUUACAUGUUAUGAACAAAAUGGUCCUGUGAGUGAAGCUGUAGAGGUAUUUGCAAAUAUGAUGGAUCAUGGGGUGGAUCCGGAUGAAGUUACACUGGCAAGUGUGGUUAGUGCUUGUGCAACGUUAACAUUAGUUAGGGAAGGUAGGGAAAUUCAUGCUUUGGUUGUGAAAAAGGAUAAGUAUAGGAAUGACCUGAUCUUAAGUAAUGCAUUGGUUGAUAUGUAUGCAAAAUGUGGUAGAAUUAAUGAAGCCAAAUUCAUCUUUCAAAGUAUGCCAUCAAGAAAUGUGAUAUCUGAGACAACUAUGGUGAGUGGUUAUGCGAAAGCAGCAAAUGUGGAGACUGCAAACUUUUUGUUUAUGAAUAUGAUGGAUAAGAACAUAGUAUCCUGGAAUGCACUUAUGGCAGGUUAUGCUCAAAAUGGAGAAAAUGAGAAGGCAUUGAGCUUGUUUCGCUUAUUGAAGAGGGAGUCUGUUUUGCCCACUCAUUAUACUUUUGGGAAUCUCCUCAAUGCUUGUGCAAAUCUUGCAGACCUGAAUCUUGGCAUGCAGGCUCAUGUACAUUUGUUGAAACAUGGAUUUUGCUUUCGUUCUAGACCAGAGUGUGACAUCUUUGUGGGGAAUGCUCUUAUAGACUUGUACAUGAAAUGUGGGUCGGUUGAAGAUGCAUUGCUGGUUUUCAAGUAUAUGGUUGAAAGAGAUCAUGUUUCAUGGAAUUCAAUGAUUGUAGGUUAUGCUCAAAAUGGACAUGAGAUUGAAGCUCUUGAGAUGUUCAAGAAGAUGAUAAUAUCUGGUGAGAAACCUGAUCACAUAACAAUGAUUGGAGUUUUGUGUGCUUGUAGUCAUGCUGGUUUGGUGGAAGAGGGUCGCCACUAUUUCCGGUCAAUGUUUAAGUCGCAUGGUUUGGAACCAUGGAAGGACCAUUACACAUGUAUGGUUGAUCUGCUUGGUCGAGCUGGUUGCUUCGAUGAAGCAAUAGAUUUAAUUGAAACUAUGCCAAUUCAGCCUGAUUAUGUUGUAUGGGCUUCUCUGCUUUCUGCUUGCAAGGUUCAUAGAAAUGUUGACAUGGGGAAGUACGUGGCAGAGAGGCUAUUGGGAAUCGAUCCUACUAAUUCUGGUCCUUAUGUUCUUCUCUCAAACAUGUAUGCAGAACUUGGAAGGUGGACGGAUGUCACUAGUGUUCGGAAGCUUAUGAUACAGAAGGGAGUUGUUAAGCAGCCUGGUUGUAGCUGGAUUGAAAUACAAAGCCAUGUAAAUGUGUUUAUGGUUAAAGACAAAAGUCACCCACAGAAUAAAGAGAUUUACUCGGUGUUGAAAAAUCUAACCAAACAAAUCAAACUAGCUGGAUAUUUUCCUGACCCUAUUGAUUCAGAGAUUGAUGAGGAAGAAAUCAGUUAUGAAGCUGCUUCAUAUCAUUCAAUGGAUAUAUAACUAGCUGCUGGCUUUGGAUACCUCCAUUUGGGAUGUUGAUUUUUCAGCAUAAAGCAUGGAGAUCAUCUGAACCAUGGUAAGUUAAGAGCAUGUCAUUGCAUCUUUCUUGAUCAUUCAUUCAAUGUCCAAAAUAUGCUUCGUAAUUCUUUGUAUCUUGAUAGUCUGGUAAGCUGAUUCUUCUGGUUAAACUUUGUUGCUUCAAAUAAGAAUAAGGGUUUCCUUAUUGUAGUUUCUUGAUUUAUUAGAGGUAUAUCUAGUUAUACUCCAUAUACAAUUGACACUAAUGCUUUGUUGUGUAGCAUAUAUAAGGCUCACAAUAAUAUUGGUUUUUUUUUCAUUGUUGGAUUGUUUCUAUGAAUAGUCGUAUUCUAUCACUAAUCUUAAUAAGCAAGUGUAGUAAACACUUUUGAUUUAGAUAGUUUUGUUUUGUUCAUCUAUUCAUAUUGCUAUGAAGAAUUUUUUAGUGUACUAAUGAGAUGAAAUACAUGAAAUUAUUAAGAUCAGUACCUUUCACUGAACAUCAUUUUAGAGCUUCCAAACUUGUGGACCCUAGUUUUUUUACCUGCUUUAGGAAAACCAAUAUAUGAGGACAAGAGAUGAUUCUAAUAUGUGCCAAAGCUGUCACGAUAUUUUAAAGAAGACAAAACUAAAAUGAAGUAAUGGCUUAUGAGCCACACAUUUCCUUGCUCGUGAACCUCUAUUUAGGUAUGAUGUGCUUCUAGUGAUUAAAAGAAGAAUAGAGGAAAAGAGAGAAGUGUAUCUAAACAAAGUAGCAAAAGUGGUUCACAAACUAUAUUUCUUCAUUUUUACUCUUUCCUUUUUUUAUUUUCAGUCUUUCUGUGGAACAUAUUAACAUGAGUUAAGACAAUUUCAGGAACUAAAUAAGGUCCUCUACCUCUUUUUAAAAAAGUUGAAAUAUCACUAGAUUUGGCAUGCUGGUUUAAUCAUGCAUCAUAGGAUAUGAACUCGAGUGCCUUAAAGCAUUGAUUAUUGAAUGGCUUCCUAGUAAAAGUUGAAUCAACAUACUCAUUUUUUUUUGACCCACCCCAAUUCAUUUUGGGACUAAGGCUUUGUUGUUAUUGACCCACUCCAUCUGUCAUUUUACGAUUCUCUUAUUCAUUCACCUUUUUCUUACACUUUCAUUUCAUUUCUCUUAGAAUCAACAGUUUUCUAUAAGUUGGUAAAAAAAAGGGUGGGACUAAGGAGUACGCUGCUUUUGGAGUUAGAUUGAUGUACAGUGGAAAUUUACAAGUAUUUAUGAAUCAGAUGCUUAAUUGCUUAAAUUAAUGGAAGAUCUAAACUUCUGCUGUGGCAGAUACAAUUAUAAAAAAUUUAAUUUACUAUAGAGUGAUCAUUUCUUGAAAACAUAAAUUUCUAUUUUUUAUAUUUUUUCUGUCAUUAGGUACCUUUCAGUACUGACUAGUACAAUAGCCAACUUGGAGUCUUGGACUACCUGAUGU